CCAUUGGCAGCGGACAUGGCAGCGAGCUGAAAGCGAGGCGUGGAGUGUGGGUUUUGCGUGUCAGUGACGUCAUCAAACUGCGAUCCCCACUUUAACAUCCAGGAGGAGCAGGAGAGGAGAGCUGGGGUCGCAUAGCUGGGUUGGAUCCUCACGAUGCCGCUCCCAUUGGCCCUUCAAGCUCGAUUGGCGAAAAGAGGGAUCCUGAAGCACGUAGAAGCAGAGCCGGCAGAAGAGGUCAUUGCUGAGGACUACGAUGAUGACAAUGUGGACUAUGAGGCCACACGGAUAGAGAAUCUCCCUCCAAACUGGUACAAGGUGUAUGACCCCAUAUGUGGUCUCCCGUAUUACUGGAAUGUGGAGACUGAUAUGGUGUCCUGGUUGUCCCCACAUGACCCCAGCGCUGUCCUCACCAAAUGUAUAUCUAAACAGAAAGAUAUAGAAGAGCGGCCAGAAAAACCAGAGCGGCCGGAAAGAGAGGAGAUAAAGGAGAGGAGACAUAUUAGAAGGGAAGAAGUGGCUCCAUAUCCCAAAUCCAAGAAAGGGCGGAAGGAAGAAGAGAUCGAUCCUAUGGAUCCCAGUGCUUAUUCUGAUGCUCCAAGGGGUACCUGGUCCACUGGACUUCCCAAAAGAAAUGAGGCCAAAACAGGAGCGGACACCACAGCAGCGGGACCCUUGUUCCAGCAGAGACCGUAUCCCAGUCCGGGGGCCGUGCUGAGGGCCAAUGCUGAAGCCUCUCGGGCUAAACCCCUGGAAUAAGGAUAAUCGGCUCCUUCUGUACAGAUCUCUCUGUGUAAUGUGUUGUGUGUGUGGAAUAAAAUGUUUUUAGGAACC